CGCAUCUGCCGCGCUCGCUGCUGCUGGAUGCGGAGGGCGCCGCUGCCGCCGCCUCUGCCGCCGCCGCCGCCUCUGCUGCAUGGGGGAAGCGCCGCCCGCGCGGCAUUGUUCCCCCCUCGGCCAAGAGCCCCGCCGCCGCUGCCGCCGCCGGGCAAGAUGAUGAAGUUUCGCUUCCGCCGCCAGGGCCACGACCCCCAGCGGGAGAAGAUCAAGCAGGACCUCUUCGCCUUCAACAAGACUGUGGAGCAUGGAUUCCCCAACCAGCCCAGCUCCUUGGCCUUCGACCCCAAGCUACGAAUCAUGGCCAUCGGCACCAAAUCGGGAGCAGUGAAAAUAUACGGAGCUCCUGGCGUGGAGUUCACAGGCCUACAUAGGGAAACGGCGACGGUCACCCAGAUGCACUUUCUACCUGGACAGGGCCGGCUGCUGUCUCUCCUUGACGACAACACCCUCCACCUUUGGGAGAUUUACCAGAAAGAUGGCUACUCUCACUUGGAGGAGACCCAUAGCUAUGUCCUCCCCGGACGUCCAGGGUUCGACACCGCUAACUCCCCUCCCAGCAUCACCCGGGUGACGGUCAUCUUGCUGCGGUCAAGCUGUGACAUGGCCUACCUCGGCACGGAAGGGGGUGGCAUCUACUUCCUGGAACUUCCCGGCUUGACGCUGCAGGAGGACAGGACUCUGUACCAAGACGAAGUCCUGCAGAGCGUCCCCGAAGACUACCGAUGUGGGAAGGCGCUUGGUCCGGUGGAAUCUCUGCAGGAACACCCCAAAGAUCCUGCCAAGAUCCUGAUUGGCUACAGCAGAGGCUUGAUGGUUCUUUGGGACGGAAGCACGAGGGAAGCUGAGCACCUCUUUCUGGGUAACCAGCAGCUGGAGAGCCUCGGGUGGGAGCGGAGCGGCCAGACGAUUGUGAGCUCUCACAGCGACGGAGGCUACGCCGUGUGGCCGGUGGCGGGCAGCUCCCCAAAGACCCUGCAGCCAGCCACCUCCACCAUCCCUUACGGUCCGUUCCCGUGCAAAGCUAUCAACAAGAUUGUCUGGCAGACGUGCGACUCAGGGAAUCCCUACAUCAUCUUCAGUGGGGGAAUGCCCAGGGCCAGUUAUGGAGACAGGCACUGUGUCACCAUCUUGCAAGGACAGACUUUGGUCACCCUUGAUUUCACGUCGCGUGUCAUCGACUUCUUCGCCGUGUGCAACACAGAGGUAGAGGAGGAGUUCGACAACCCAACCGCCUUGGUGGUCCUGGUGGAAGAAGAGCUGGUAGUCAUUGACCUGCAGACGCCGGGCUGGCCCACCAUUCCUGCCCCGUACCUGGCCCCGCUCCACUCUUCCGCCAUCACCUGCUCCUACCACAUCUCCAACGUCCCCCUGAAGCUGUGGGAGAGGAUCAUCAGCGCGGGAGAAGACCAGAGCCCUCGCCUCUCUUUUGUGCAGAACUGGCCCAUCAACGGAGGGAGGAACCUUGCACAGGAACCCACCCAACGGGGGCUUCUCUUGACUGGGCAUGAAGACGGCACGGUCCGGUUCUGGGACGCUUCGGGAGUCUCCCUCAAGCCGCUUUACAGGCUGGGCACGGCCAACAUUUUCCAGACAGACUGUGAGCACAAUGACAGCCUGAAUCAGUCUUGUGAGGAGGACUGGCCGCCCUUCCGGAAGGUUGGCUGCUUCGACCCUUACAGCGAUGACCCCAGGCUGGGGAUUCAGAAGAUUGCUCUGUGCAAAUACACAGCUAAGAUGGUGGUGGCUGGCACAGCAGGGCAGGUGCUGGUGAUGGAGCUCGCCGACGAAAAGUCGGAGCACCUGAUCAACGUGGCCGUGGUCGACCUCCUCCAGGACCGGGAGGGCUUUACGUGGAAGGGCCACGACCGCCUCGCCCCCAAGAACGGCUCCCUCGCCUUCGCCCCGGGCUUCCAGCCCAGCAUCCUCGUCCAGUGCAUGCCCCCGGCGGCCGUGACGGCCGUCACGCUGCACUCUGAGUGGAACCUGGUGGCUUUCGGGACCAGCCACGGCUUCGGGGUGUACGAUUACUACCGGAGGAACUCUGUGCUGGCCAGGUGCACUCUGCACCCCAACGACUCCCUCGCCAUGGAGGGGCCCCUGUCUCGGGUGAAAUCCCUGAAGAAGUCUCUCCGGCAGUCCUUCCGCAGGAUCCGCAAGAGCAGGGUGUCCGGGAAGAAGAGGGUCAACACCAGCAGCCCCUCGAGCAAGGUGCAGGAGGCAAAUGCCCAGCUGGCUGAGCAGCCCGGCCCCCACGAGGUGGAGAUGACCCCUGUCCAGCGGCGGAUUGAACCCCGCUCGGCCGACGACUCGUUGUCGGGAGUCGUGCGCUGCCUCUACUUCGCCGAUACCUUCCUCCGAGACGCUACGCAUCAUGGGCCCACCAUGUGGGCCGGCACAAACUCUGGCUCGGUGUUUGCCUACGCCCUGGAGGUCCCUUCGCAGGAGAAGUUUUCCGAGCGCUCGGUGGAGGCGGUCUUGGGAAAGGAGAUCCAGCUCAUGCACAGAGCGCCCGUGGUGUCGAUCGCCGUCUUAGACGGCCGGGGGAACCCUCUGCCGGAACCGUACGAGGUCUCGCGGGACCUGGCCAAAGCCCCCGACAUGCAGGGCAGCCAUUCAGUGCUCAUCGCCUCAGAAGAGCAGUUCAAGGUCUUCACGCUGCCCAAAGUCAGCGCCAAAACCAAGUUCAAGCUGACGGCCCACGAGGGCUGCCGGGUACGGAAAGUGGGGCUGGUGAACUUCGUCAGCGCGGCGUGCGAGGACUACGCAGAGAACUGCCUCGCGUGCCUCACCAACCUGGGGGACAUCCACGUCUUCACGGUGCCCGGUCUGCGGCCGCAGGUGCACUACGACUGCAUCCGGAAGGAGGACAUCAGCGGAAUCGCCUCGUGCGUCUUCACCAAACACGGGCAAGGCUUCUAUUUGAUCUCUCCGUCGGAGUUCGAGCGAUUCUCCCUGAGCACCAGGAAUAUCACGGAGCCACUGUGUGGGCUGGACACGAGCCGUGUGCACGACUUCACCUGCCUCGGGAACAACUUCACAGCAACGCCGAAACUGAACCAGGCCAAUGGGACUCACGUCCUCCAAGGAUCAGAGGCCAGCCAUUCCCUUGCCAGCAGCGACCGGUCUCCAGAUGAACACCAAGCCUCUUUUUCUCCAACGCCAGUUGAUUCACCCAAUAACAGCAUCGAUACCCCACUGGAUACCACCGGAGACAUCACCGCUGAGGAAGUGAAGGAUUACUUGGCGCCAUCGGAGGAAGCAGAGAGAAAUCUGAGGAACAUAAAUGAGGACGAGGCUCGUUCCCUAGGGAUCUUGAUCAAAUGAGAGACUACACAAGGUCCCACUGGCCUGUUUUGGCACUCGACACCCCCCGGGGUCAAAAGACUUUUGACUGUGUGGAUAACAGACCGUUGGUCUUUCCCAUUCCUCUCCUUCCAGAGACCCUGUUCUGAAUUUUCUUCCUUUUUCUUAAUUACAAAGAGUCAUAACGUUUUUCUACCGCACGGCCUGGAAGUGGACUCAUGAGGAAGAUUUCUUCGCGCUGGGGUCUCCCCUAUCACCUCUUCCUCAGUACCUCUCCCAAGUUUGCAAUCACCAACUUCUUCUUUUAAAAAAAGAAAUGAAGAAAAGGAAAAUGUGCCAACAUCUUCGACAGGACCAAGUUGUCUCUUCCGUUGCACAAAACACACACACUAAAACUCUUAAAACCUUUUUCUAAAAAAGCAAAAACGAGACACAAAGUGGGCCCAUGGGAGGGGCCUACCUGUGGCGUCAGGAUCCCACCGAGACUGAACCAGCCUCUCUCUUUGGCCGAGGUAUCAUCAUCAAACUUUGCACGAAAAAGGAGCCUUUUUAGAUAUAUACAGACACACUUGACGGA